AUGCUGUUUGCAAAGAUUACACUCAAGAAGGACGCUCCCCAGGAGGAGCUCGAGGCGGCCAAGAAGAAGGUGACGGACCAGGGCGGCAAGAUUGUCAGCGAGUUCUCGCUCAUCAAGGGCUUCACCGCCGAGAUUCCCGACGACGCCGUCACGACCCUCGAGUCCAACGAGCACGUCACCGUCGAAAAGGACGCCGAGGUCCGUACGCAAUAG